AUGGAAACGGCCUCCAAUGAUGACUUAAAGCGUUAUCUGAGAACAACCCUGGAUGAUGAUGGAUUUUUAAGUGAAAUUAAAGCUGACAUACUGAAGAAAAUUUUUAAUAAAAUAAGAAAUCAAUCACCUGAAUUGAAAACAUCUCCUACUUCAGAUACACAUUCAAAUAUCAAAUUAUUAAUUAAUGAAUUAAUAAUUGAAUAUUUAAACUUUGAAAAUUUAUCAUUUACAGAAUCUGUUUUUCGUCAGGAAUCUGGUCAUGGUAAUUUACAUAAUCUACCUAGACAAUUUCUAUGUCAAACAUUACAAAUUAAACCAACUGUAAAUAUUAAAUCAUUGAUUCUUAAGAAUAACAAUGAUAGUAAUGCUAAAAACUUACUAAAUAAUCAAAAAUCUUCUACAGAAUUAAUUGAACAACCAAUUCCAUUAUUAUUUUAUAUUAUACAUUAUCUUAUGGUAAAUGGUUUAGAUAAAGUACAUAACCAUGAGUUAUGUAAUAAAGAUUUUCCAAUUCAAGAGCAUAAAUCAAUCCCUAAUAAUCGGCUUAAAAAUAAUGAAGAUAAUUUCAAUUCUACACUUGUAUUGCAUAAUCAUAAUUCCCUCCAAAAUACACAUAAGCACGUUAAUCCAGAACACAUUAUAAUUCAUGAACCAAUUGACAAUACAAAUUGGAUGAAUUCUGAAUUUGAUUUGUAUUAAUCUUUUAUGCAAUCGAAAUAAACUUCUAAUACUGUAUAUUUACUUGGUUCUUUACUACGAUUGUAGUCAUUUAUUUAAUAUUUCACUUCCCCGUUCACAGAGCUUGUUGUUUUCCACUGUUAAUGCAUAAGUAGUUGAUAUGACAAUAAAAUUCAACUGGAAAGUAUUGGAUAGCUGUUUCGUCUCAGUAUGAAGCUUAUCAGCUGUGCUCAUCGAACUCAACAAUCUCUGCAAACCGAUAAUAAUAAUAAUAGCCAUGUGCUCACCAGUGAUUAAUUUCGUUAGUUAAUCCCCGUAGUUCUAGUGAAAAAUUAUGACUCGUGGAGUUCAGAUAUAGUGAGCUUUAAACAGCUACGUAGGAAACAGUUUGCCAACAUAUAUAUUUUCUAAAAAAAAGUCGC